CCACUUCAAAAUCUUCGGCUUUCAUGCUCCAAUCGUCCAAUCGAGCUCUUAAAUUCACUGUCUUUCUACUUGGAGUUUGACCCAUAAACCCCCUUCCCUUCCCUUUCAAUUUGAGGGGUUCUUGCGAGCUUCAUUUCUUCUUGUUUGCUUCAUAAAAAUGGCUUCCUUAUCUCCUUGUCGCCCAAAUUUUAUGUUCUCUUCAUUUCCGAACCGUGUUCCGACCUCAAAUCCUCCAUUUCAUGCGGUCCAAUUCCGAGGUUUAUCCCACCACAAGCCCUUCCUUCGCGGUUCCCUUGGCGUUGCGAGAUUCGGGUUCAAACCCGAGUUCUUGCCUGACCCAGAUAACGCCGAGGGCUUUGUGAGGGAGUUGUUCGGCAAAGCUGAGAGCGUUCUGUAUACGAUAGCCGACGCCGCCGUGUCUGCUUCGCCGGAAGAUGUGACCACCGCCAAGCAAAGUGAGGAUUGGUUUACGGGGAUUACCAAUUACAUGGAGAGCGUCCUUAAAAUUCUUGAGAAUGGACUUUCUACUCUGCAUGUUCCUUAUGCCUAUGGUUUUGCCAUUAUACUCCUUACAGUUCUUGUUAAGGCUGCCACAUUUCCUUUGUCAAAGAAGCAGGUAGAAUCUGCAACGGCAAUGCGUUCGUUGCAACCGCAAGUAAAGGCCGUUCAGCAACGUUAUGCCGGGGAUCAGGAGAGGAUUCAAAUUGAAACUGCUCGACUCUACAAAUUAGCUGGAAUAAACCCGUUUGCAGGAUGCCUACCCACGUUGGCUACAAUCCCUGUAUGGAUUGGACUAUACAGAGCUCUUUCAAAUGUGGCCAAUGAGGGUCUCCUCACAGAAGGCUUUUUCUGGAUACCGUCUCUGGCUGGUCCAACUACGAUCGUUUCUCGACAAAGUGGGAGUGGUAUCUCUUGGCUCUUUCCAUUUGUUGAUGGUCAUCCACCACUUGGGUGGUCAGAUACCUUGGCAUAUCUUGUCUUGCCUGUGUUGCUGGUUGUGUCGCAGUACAUCUCGGUUCAGAUUAUGCAAUCGACGCAGAAUAAUGAUCCAAACAUGAAGAGUUCUCAAGCCAUAACGCAGUUCCUACCGUUAAUGAUUGGAUAUUUUGCACUUUCAGUUCCUUCUGGUCUAAGUCUUUAUUGGCUUACCAAUAACAUCUUGAGCACAGCUCAGCAAGCAUGGCUUCAAAAGUCAGGUGGUGCAAAAACCCCGGACAAACGGUUCAUCGAUGAAAGCAUCAAACAAGAACAAGCCCGAGUCCAGAUCCAAUCGCCCGAGUUAAAGUCAGUUUCGAUGAGCACAGUAGCCAGAGAAUCAGAGAAGCCAACAGCAGAAGGGGUAAAACCUGGUGAAAGAUUUAAACAGAUAAAGGAGCAAGAGGCUAGGAUAAGACAACAAAGAGAAGAAGAAAAGAGGAAAGCUGAAGAGGCAGCCAAGCUUGAAUCUCAGACAAUAAAUGACAGUGACAAGAGCGCAGCUGCUAGAUUUGUUGUCAAUGGCAGUCUUUCUAGACAGGAUAUGGAGGAAGUUCAAAACUCCAUGUCCACAUCUACUAUGCUGCAUAGAACCGACGUGGACGACGAGGUUAGCGAUACAAGCGAGCCUCUGCCAAGUGUAACUCAGGAAGAGAACGUAGUCGAGACGUACACCGGUGUGGGCAAGGAAGCCAAACUAAAUGGAGAAGAUCAAGGAGAGUAAGUCUUGAUGGCAGAUUGAGAUGAUGUUUUUGUUAUACAAGCCAGCAGGUCUAGUACUCUGGAUAAUAUAGCAGGAAAACCAAUUGUUUUACGAAGUUCGAUACCGUGGAGGGUCGGAUCGGAUCGGAGGUAUUACGAAUACUGCUGAAGCUUAAAUUCUUUUUGCUGAUGGUCACUUCAGUUUGUGAGAUCACUCAUCCUUAAUAGAUUAUGGAAUAACAUGAAUGUAAUUUGUGAUAUGUACAACAUGGAUGAGUACUCGGAUGGAUCCCUUUUAGAUUUCGAAUACAACGAAUAACGAAUUACCAUA